AUGGUCGUCGAACUGCCGGGAGAGGCGAACCCACUGUCUCUCCCCAAUGUGCUCAAUGCCCUGGUCCUGGCCGCGAGCUCGACGCAGCAGCAGGUGCAGACCGGCACCAAACAGCUCCAGCACUGGGAGAAACAGGAGAAGUAUUACUGCUAUCUGCAGGAUGUCUUUCUAGAUCACUCAGUCCCUCCCGAAGUUCGAUACCUCGCGAUCAUCCAGCUGAAGAAUGGAAUUGACAAAUACUGGAGGAAGACGGCGACAAAUGCCAUAAAAAAGGAAGAUAAAGAGCAGAUCAAGACUCGAGCGCUACAGGCGGGCGUGGUUGAGCCUGCCCCUCUGCUCGCCCUCCAUAAUGCGCUGAUGAUCGCCAAAAUCAUGCGCUUCGAAUUCCCACAAGAUUGGCCGGACGCAAUUUCUUCCCUCAUCGCCUCUCUCCGCUCCUCGACGCAGCCUGGCGCCAACCCUCUGCAGCUAUCCCGCACCCUCAUAAUAAUCCUACAGAUCAUAAAGGAAUUAUCCACGGCCCGUCUACAGAGGACCCGCGCCAAUCUCCAGUCCGUUUCUCCCGAGAUAUUCCAUCUUCUAGGACACAUCUAUCUGGAGCAGGUGAACAAAUGGGCCUCGUUGGUGGAGCAGGGCGUGGUAGACGAGGCAACAUUGCUGGAACCGGUCGAGCAGAGCUUGGUCUCUCUCAAGGUCAUCCGGCGUCUUGUGAUUGCGGGCUACGAACAUCCGAACCGUGACAAUGAGGUCCGUGAGUUUUGGCUCCUGACUCACUCGCAUUUCAGCAGAUUCUUGGGUUUUGUUCACGGCUCUAUCGAUUUGCCUGGAAGUAUCCUGAAGGCAAUCGAGAAACAUCUUCUGCAGCUGUCGAAACUCCAUGUCGAGAUGGCCAAGGAGCAUGCUGCUUCGUUCGCAUUGCUCCCAGACAGCAUACCCCUUGUUCGGUCAUAUUGGACCUUGGUCGUUAAACUGGGGGAGAACUAUGACGAACUCGGCUCUGAUGGAGAAAACGAAGGCAAGUCUUUGAUGGAGAAGACUGGGCUCAAAGCUCUCCUCCUCAUUCGUGCAUGCUCCAAGAUGGCGUUCAAUCCCGCGCAGACAUUCAAAUAUCAGACCCCCCAGGAUAAGGAAGAGAAGAGGCAGUCCAUUGAUCUGAUCAAGUCUCAGCUGUUCACGCAUGAUUUUGUGGUCAACGUCAUGGAGUUGCUUGUCACACAGUUCUUCCGAUACAGGAAGAGCGACUUUCAGGAAUGGGAGGAGGACCCUGAGGAGUGGGAAAGAAAAGAAGAAGAUAUCGCUGAAGCAUGGGAAUUCUCAAUUCGCUCAUGUUCCGAGAAACUUUUCCUCGACCUCGUUAUCCACUUCAAAGACUUGCUCAUUCCCCGGCUAUUGAAUGUCUUUUAUUCGUUUGCAAGCCCCGAAAAGCGCGAUGUGCUGCUCAAGGAUUCCUUAUAUUCUGCCAUUGGACUGGCCGCGGCUAGUCUGGAACAACACCUGGAUUUCAACAAUUUCCUCGAGACGACCCUCGUCCCCGAAGUUCAAAUCCAAGAACAGGGAUACAAUCUUCUCCGCCGACGAAUUGCGAUGCUCUUGGCCCAGUGGGUGCCGGUGAAAUCGAGCGAGUUGAACAAGAACGCCAUCUAUCAAAUCUUCCAACAUCUCCUCAACAGGCAAGAUCCGUUGAAUGACCUGGUGGUCCGCAUCACUGCCGGAAGGCAGCUGAAGCAAGUCCUUGAGCCGUUCGAAUUCUCUCCUGCUGGUUUCUUGCCGUUUGCACCAUCCAUUCUUCAGAACUUGAUGUCCCUGGUCCAGGAGGUUGAACUCUCCGAGACCAAGAUGGGGCUUUUGGACACCGUCCGCAUGACAGUGGUGAAGAUGGAAGACCAUAUCGGCCCCUUUUCAGACCAGAUUCUCUCACUGUUGCCUCCGCUGUGGGAGAGCUCUGGGGAGGAGCACUUGAUGAAACAGGCUAUUCUGACACUACUUUCGUCGUUGAUCAACUCCCUGAAACAGGAAUCUGUGCGAUACCAUCCUAUAAUCCUACCUUUAAUCCAGAACUCGGUCGAACCUGGUUCAGAAACUUUGAUCUAUCUCCUGGAAGAAGCGCUGGACCUGUGGGCUUCCAUAUUGAUGCAAACUCCGGCCCCAGCUUCUCCCGAGAUUCUCUCCCUCAUCCCUGCGCUUUUCCCUAUAUUCGAGGCCGCAACCGAUAGUGUUCCCCAGGCCCUCCAGAUCGUUGAGUCCUAUAUCUAUCUUGCUCCGCAGGAGAUCCUCAGCGAUAAUAUCCGACUUCCGCUCUUGGCUUCCUUUGAAACACUUCUCCAUUCGACAACGCGCCAACGCCUCGGAAUUGUGCCCCGUUUGGUAGAACUCAUGAUCCGUGGCGCCGAAAUUGUCGAUGGCAGCGAAGCCACAUAUAACGUCCUCGCCCGCUCCCUCCUCGACAGCUCUUUCCUGUCUUCGCUCCUGGAGGGCCUCUACUCCGCCCACGAGGCUAGCCAGACAACCGGUCCGAACAGAAAACCGACUUCCGUAUACGGUGUCGUCGAGACAGACUACUUCUCCGUGCUCGCCCGUCUGGCCCUCGCGUACCCGAAAAUUUUCUCGUCUGCCGUCUCUGCCGCGACCGGGACAUCCGAGGAGCAAGUCCUCACCUGGAUCCUGACCGAAUGGUUCCUCCACUACGACAACAUCGGCAGCGUCACGCAGAAGAAACUCCACGCCCUUGCCCUCACCCAACUCCUCACUCUCAACGGACCGGACUCACAGCCGCCCCCGUACAUACUCAACCACCUACAAUCGUAUCUUACCAUCUGGACAGACAUUAUAACCGAACUCGCCGAGGGAACAGACGGUGAUCCCAACGAUCCCCGCGGCGGCGAUCAUCUGAUUUAUUGGAACGCCGCUGAGACGGGCCGCUACGACGAGAACGAGCCCCCGGAACACGAACGCCGCCGUCAGUGGGACAACUCGGACGCGCUGCACAAGAUCAACAUCCGAGACUUUGUCCGCGAACGACUGCGCUCGCUGAUCGUCGGUUGCGGUGGCGAGCAGCGGUUCCAGGAAGAUUGGCUUCUCAACGUGGAUCGAGAGGUCGUUUCGGCAUUUGUCGCCCUGGGACUGUUUUAA